AUGGAGGUGGAGGAUUCUGGGCGCGACUUGAGGGAGAGGAUCCGCAGCCAGGUCGAAGAUUCGCGUAGCAGCCAACGGGAAGGGCUGAGAGCAACGAAACGACCUUUCCUAUCGGAAGUAGUGGAAGGCCUUACACUUCUUUCGUCCGAGGAGUUGAAAAGUCUCGCUCUGUCUUUGAAGAACAAAAUAAGUCUGGUGGAAGGCCUAACUGUAGUGACUCAUUUUGUUCAGGUGACGAGAGAGGCCCUGCAGCGAAUUUCCGCUUCUGCAUCUCUGAGUCAGAAACACAUAGAUGCAGUUCUUUCAGUGGAUGCUGCUCUACCCACUCUCAUUGGAUACCUUUCAGGUGAUGAUGCUGGGAUGCAAUUGGAGUCAGCUGCAUGCAUUACAAAUUUAGUUUGUGGGAACCACAAGAGCACAAUUCGUGUGGCUCGUGCUGCUGGACCAUAUCUUCUACUCUAUGCUCACUCUUCCCAUUCCCACACUCUUCAGGUCCAGUGCUUCUGGGCAGUGGGGAACAUAAGUCGGGAUUGUGACAAAUGUUGCAGACUCCUGAGCCAGCAGGGUUUCCAAAGUGCCAUCACUUCCAGCCUCCCCCUUGUGUCAAUUCAAGAGGAAGAGGGAGAUGAUUCACUCUGCUACCCUUCUCUUUGCCCUAUCAGGCUUUCUUCACAGUGCUUCUGAGGCUGACAGGAGGAGUCUCGACCUAGAAAGUUUACGGACUAUGUUGUCACAGAUGACACAAAAGUCCUGCAUAGCUGCAUACAGAUGCCUGUUCUACAUGACCUGUGAUGAUGUAUUUGACUCAGCAUAUCCUCCUCAUCUCUUCUCUUUGUGCUUAAAUUGGCUAAGUCACCACCUAAUUGAGCAAGAGAAUACGUCUGUGGAAAAAGUAACCUUGUUGCUGCGAAUUCUUGCCAAUCUUGUGGUGUGCAGUUCCCAAGUCAUCACUCAAGCAACUAUAGACCAAUCUGCAUUCUUGAUCCUUGUUCGUGCUCUGCUUUCGUCUCCCUAUCUGCAUUUGCAGAAGGAAACACAAUGGCUUCUUGGGAAUCUCCUUCACAGGGAGGUCAGGAUUUGGUCAGAAGACCUCUCUCUGCUCUUGGAGGAGUACCUGCCACAAUUUUCAAUUUCUGCACCGAUUUUGCCUAUGUUGGCAGAAGGUAUUGGAGAAAUGGAUGGUGAUUAGUGUCUUUCAUGUUCCAUUAUGAAUUGACUGUGGUAUUCAUUGCCAACAAGGUACAAAAUUUAUGGCUGACUCAAAAGUGUAAAUCAUUUCAGGAGCAAUAAAAAAAUUACUGAUAUUUGCAAG